AUGCCUCUUAAACCUGCAGUGCCGUCCAAAAUCUCGAAACUCAAAAUCCCGACAGACCAAAAUCCUGAAACUCAAAAUCCUGAAAUCCAAAAUCCUGACAGGUUCAAAAUCCUGACAGACACGAAAUCCUGA